AGGCUCAAGGGGAAGCAGCCCCCCGAGGGCUGGGAGCUGAUUGAGGAGGUGAUCGAGGACUUUGAGCACCAGAUGAAGGAUGCGGUGAACGAGGACACGUCGGGGAAGCGGCGCAACGAGACGACCUGGAAGGUGACGCGCAUCCACUGGGAGAAGAACCGCUUCAUCUACGACCUCAUGUACAACCGCAAGGUCAUGUCCCGCGAGCUGUACGAUUUUUUGGUGCGGGAGAAGAUUGCGGACGGGGCGCUGAUCGCCAAGUGGCGCAAGCCCGGCUACGAGAUCCUCUGCUCGCUGCUGGCCAUCCAGAAGGGCAACCACAACUUCGGCACCACCAGCCACUGCCGCGUGCCCAUGAAGCAGCGCGCCGCGCAGCAGCGCAUCACCCCCGACGUGCAGACCGGCUGCAUCUGCUGUGCC